ACGAAUCAAUAUGUAUGGGGAAUACAUGAUCGGCGGAUAAGCGAAUCUAUAAGAAGGCGUCUACCGCUAAGAAAGUCCUGUUGCUCUGCCCCUGGAAGACCAUCUAUACAUCCUAUGAUGAAGGUCUUAGUUUUGCUAUCCUUGGUCGUGGCGUCCCAAGCGGCAGCAAUCGUGUACCACCCAGCCUGGUAUCCUUCCGCAUCUGCAUAUCAAGCCAAAGACAACUUGGGCAACUACGUCUUCAGCCACCACGAUGCGCAUCCAGGGGGACCCUCCUUCCACAGUGAAUCCGGAGACAUCACUGGUCGCAAAGUGGGCUCCUAUGGCGUCAAGGACCCAGACGGCAAAGUCCGAGUGGUCAGUUACGUCGCCGACCACGAAGGGUUCAAGGCCGACAUCCACACUUCCGAGAAGUUACCCGAAGACCACAAAGAUCCGGCCAACGUGAAGACUUCUGAGGUCAAGCCUGUUCCUGUCGUGUACGCUCAUCCCUUUCCUUAUUAUGGAUAUCCUUACCACCUAUCAUACGUCGUGCCAAAAAUUUGAACCAACCACUUUCUAACGUAUUAUCAACAUUUUUGUGGAAAUGUAUAAUAAAAUAGUUUCGUUUCUGAAA